GAAGCAAUUCAACCGACGGGAAUGCAGUUCGAAGCAGCACGGUGUGCGGCGACUAAUCGGUUCCUCCUCAACCUCGACACACGACUGGACGAGCGAACAACCACCGCCGCGGAAUUGGCGACCGACUUUACCAAUGCUCUCCUCGACGCAGCGCGGACGACCCUGGGGGAGGAACCGCGGAGACGCCGCACGCAGGAGUGGUGUGAGACCCCAGAGACGCGAGAGGCGCUGGAGCAGGCCCUUACCAAACGUCGGGAAGCGCGCCGGGCGAUGAGGGGCAACUGGAACUCAGCGACGUGGAGGGUUCUCAAAGCAGCGUGUAAGGGAGUGGCUACAGCAGUCGAAACGGGCAUUUAUGCCCACCUGGACGGAUAUGUGACUGAGCUCGAAGAAAUCUACAAAGAUCGCGACAUGCGAGGACUGUACCAACACCUCAAGAGAUCAGUGGGCCUCAGCGGGAGACAAGCGCGGGGACAGCAGUUCGUCGCGGAUGAGAACGGCGUGUUGCUCCGGAACAGGGACGACAUCCUCCAGCGGUGGGCGAGAUUCUUCAGCACCCUACUCAACUUCAAAUCCCCCGCCCUCAACCCAGACAUCAUCGAACGAGUGACGCAGCGGCCAGCGACAGUGACACUCAACGAACUCGAGGAGGUGGCACGGGCAACGAAAGACCUCAAGAACUGGAAGGCACCCGGCCAUGACUCCCUCCCUGCCGAGUUGCUCAAGAUCGAUGACGACGAACCCUUCGUCCUGGGACACCUCCAUACCAUCCUCGUCAAAGUUUGGAACAGAGGAGAUAUCCCGCGAGAGUGGAAGGAUGCAACCAUCAAGGUGCUGUACAAGAAGGGUGACCGGUCCAACUGCUGUAACAACUACAGGGGGAUUUCGCUACUGUCUCACGUAGGCAAGGUCCCCAUCAAGAUCAUCACCAACCGUCUAAGCGCCUUCUGCAAAGCCAACAACAUCCUCCGGAGGAACAGUGCGGAUGUCGACCCGGGCGAUCCACCGUCGACAUGCUGUUCGUCGUGCGCCGCCUCCAGGAGCUGGGGCGGAGAAAGAAAAUACCGCUCUACACUGGAACGGGUACUGCUGUAG